GUAAUCAUUUUUGGGGGGUCACUUCUUCUUCUUCACCUUCCUCUCAUAAAACAAACCAAUCCAAAGUGCUCAGGUUUCAAAGGGUUAAAUCUAACAUGGAGGUCAGCUGACUCCAGCACACCUGUCCAGCCGUGAUGCCCCCGUUAAACUUUUGGCCCCUCCACGCGCUGCUGCGCACCUGCGCUCAGUGGGCGUUCCUGGGCUCGUGCGCUCCUGUGAGGCGCAGACGGCAGCGCGCGGCGCAGCAGCAGCGACCUGUCUCUUUAAGUUGGUGUCAAAGUGGAUUAUUGCUGAUCUCCGUCGUGAUUCGGUUUUCACCGUCUGUUCCUUCCGUCUAUUUCUGUUCCGCCGGGACGGUAAGCUCUGCUCGGGCUCAGAGAAACGGGCUCCGGUAACUCCUGCUCCAAAGUUUGGAGCAUGGCAGCUUCGUGAAGUGUCUCCUGCGGUGCUGCUCGGUGUGAAGCCCGCGGUGAAGCUCCGGUGAGCCGGUGAGUGAUGCGCGCUGCGCCGCGGACUCUCCAACUUUUCCUGCCAUGGUAAGCGUGGAUUACUCUCCUCUGCUAACGGACAUCUUUACCGCGUCUCUGCGCUCAUAACGGCCGUGACACACUCCUGGGAGGUGUGAUGUGACGCCCCGGUGACUGUUCUCAGUUGGCACCGGAUUAAAAGCAUAAAAUGCAGAAGGGCGUGCGGUACAACGAGGGCCACGCGCUCUAUCUGUCGGUGGUGGCGCGUAAAGAGGGCUCCAGGCGCGGCUUCCUGAGCAAGAAGACCACGGAGAACAGCCGCUGGACCGAGAAGUACUUCGCGCUCUACCAGAACGUGCUCUUCUACUUCGAGAACGACCAGAGCGCGAGGCCCUCUGGGAUCUACCUGCUGGAGGGAUGCACGUGCGAGCGCGCACCUGCGCCCAAAGUCUCCGCCAUCAGCAAGGAGCCCAUGGAGAAACAGCAGCACUACUUCCUGGUGAUUUUUGGCCACGAUGGACAGAAACCUCUGGAGCUGCGGACAGAGGAAGAGUCCGACUGUAAUGAGUGGGUGGAGUGCAUCCAACAGGCCAGUUACUCUGACAUCAUCAUCGAGCGUGAGAUCCUGAUGCAGAAGUACAUCCACCUGGUCCAGAUCAUGGAGACGGAGAAGAUCGCAGCCAAUCAGCUCCGCACCCAGCUGGAGGACCAGGACACCGAGAUCGAGAGGCUUAAAGCCGAAAUUGUUGUGUUGAAUAAAACCAAGGAGAGGAUGCUGCCGUACCAGAACAACCAGGAGGAGGAGGACUCAGAUAUUAAAAAGAUCAAAAAGGUGCAGAGCUUCAUGCGCGGCUGGCUGUGCCGCAGGAAGUGGAAGAUCAUCGUCCAGGACUACAUCUGUUCCCCUCACGCCGAGAGCAUGAGGAAGAGGAAUCAGAUCGUCUUCAACAUGGUGGAGGCCGAGACGGAGUACGUCCACCAGCUCUCCAUCCUGGUCAACUGUUUCCUGCGGCCGCUGCGCAUGGCCGCCAGCUCCAAGAAGCCUCCCAUCAGCCACGAUGACGUCAGCAGCAUCUUCCUCAACAGUGAGACGAUCAUGUUUCUGCACGAGAUCUUCCAUCAAGGACUGAAAGCUCGGAUCGCCAACUGGCCCACUCUGGUUCUGGCGGACCUGUUUGACAUCCUGCUGCCGAUGCUCAACAUCUACCAGGAGUUUGUGCGUAACCAUCAGUACAGUCUGCAGGUCCUAGCCAACUGUAAGCAGAACAGAGACUUUGACAAGCUGCUCAAACAGUACGAGUCCAACGCUGCGUGUGAGGGACGGAUGCUGGAGACGUUCCUCACAUAUCCCAUGUUCCAGAUUCCUCGAUACAUCAUCACUCUCCACGAGCUGCUGGCUCACACACCUCAUGAACACGUGGAGCGGAAGAGUCUGGAGUUUGCCAAAUCCAAACUGGAGGAGCUGUCGAAGAUGAUGCACGAUGAAGUGAGCGACACAGAGAACAUCAGGAAGAACCUGGCCAUAGAGAGGAUGAUCGUAGAGGGCUGUGACAUCCUGUUAGACACCAGUCAGACCUUCGUCAGACAGGGCUCCCUCAUCCAGCUGCCGUCCAGCAGCGAGCGCGGGAUGCUCAGUAAGGUCCGGCUGGGCUCCCUCUCGCUGAGGAAGGAAGGAGAGCGACAGUGUUUCCUGUUCACCAAACACUUCCUGAUCUGCACACGAACAUCUGGAGGAAAGCUUCACCUGCUGAAGCAAGGAGGCACGUUGUCUCUGAUAGAGUGCACUCUCAUCGAAGAACUAGACGCCAGCGAUGAGGACUAUAACGCAGCAGGUCAAGGCUUCAGCCACCUGGAGUUCAAGAUCGUGGUGGAGCCUCCGGACGGUCAGUCCUUCUCUGUCGUCCUCUUGGCGCCGUCUCGUCAAGAAAAGGCCGCCUGGACCAGUGACAUCAGCCAGUGCAUCGAUAACAUCCGAUGUAACGGCCUGAUGACCAGCGUGUUUGAGGAGAACUCCAAAGUUUCGGUGCCGCACAUGAUCAAAUCUGACGCCCGACUGCACAAAGACGACAUCGACAUCUGCUUCAGCAAGACGCUCAACUCCUGCAAGGUCCCUCAGAUCCGAUACGCCAGCGUGGAGCGGCUGCUGGAGCGACUGACAGACCUGCGGUUCCUCUCCAUAGACUUCCUCAACACCUUCCUCCACACGUACAGGAUCUUCACCACAGCGGCCGUGGUCAUCGACAAGCUGGCCGACAUCUACAAGAAGCCGUUUACCUCCAUACCUGUCAGGAUCGAGCAACACUCAUGUGAUCGUUUGUCCAUCAUGUCCCUCUGUCCUGACUACAGUCUGAAGAUCACACAGCUUGCCCUGGACCAGUCCAAGUCUCUGGAGCUCUUCUUCGCCACCAACCAGGGCUCGUGGGGGACGGACCCCCUGAACAACAAGUCCCCGAGGCUGUGCCGCAAGUUCUCCUCUCCUCCGCCUCUCACCAUCCCCUCUCGCACCUCCUCGCCCGUCCACAGCCGCAAGCUCUCCCUCAGUUCCCCCGUCAGUGGGAAAGCUGGAGCCUUGGAUCUGUCCACCACCCCCACCUCCUCCGCAGCCAACUCCCCCACCUCCAGUCACAGCCCCUCCAUCUCCUCUCCUCCUCCCAACUCAACCAGGCCCCCCUCUGGCUUUUCCUCCCCUCCACCCACCGCCACGCGCUCUCCCAGCCUCCCCCAGGCCUCCGGGAUGUCCUCGCCGCCCCCCUUCUCCACCAAGGCCCCUCUGGACCUCAGCCGCGGUCCCAGCUCCCCAGAGCUGAGCCCAGCUGCAGGGGAGGACGUCAGCGGAGAGCUGCCUCGCAUUGACGCCUUCUGUGGGAAGCUGAGGCGCAGCAUCCGCAGGGCUGUCCUGGAGUCAGUUUCUCUGGACAAGUUUCUCCCUGAGUCACCGUCCAGCAGCGAGCCGGGCGACAUGUCUCCCUGUCGCUCACCUUCAACGCCGAGGCAUCUCCGCUACAGACAGUCAGGAGUCACAUCAGGGGACAACUCUCGCUGCACGAUGUCACCCGCCUCAGCGUUUGCGAUCGCCACUGCUGCUGCCGGGCACAGCAGCUCCCAGGGUUUUACUAACUCUGAGAAAGUCUGUGACAAAGAAUUCAUCAUCCGGCGAGCGGCCACCAACAGAGUCCUCAACGUGCUGCGACACUGGGUGUCCAAACACUCCCAGGACUUUGAGAUGAACAGUGAGCUGAAGACGGGGGUGAUCUGUCUGCUGGAGGAGGUGCUACGUGACCCAGACCUGCUGCCUCAGGAGAGGAAAGCCACGUCCAACAUAUUAAGUGCCCUUUCUCAAGAAGAACAAGAUGAUGCUCAGCUGAAGAUAGAGGACAUCUUACAGAUGGCGGAGAGUCCGAAGGCCGAGUGUUUCGAGUCUCUGUCGGCCAUGGAGCUGGCAGAACAGAUCACACUGCUGGAUCACAUCGUGUUCAGGAGUAUUCCCUACGAGGAGUUCCUCGGUCAGGGCUGGAUGAAGGUCGACAAGACGGAGAGGACUCCGUACAUCAUGAAGACCAGCCAACAUUUUAAUGACAUGAGUAACCUGGUGGCGUCUCAGAUCAUGACUCACACUGACGUGGGCUCCAGGGCCAGCUCCAUAGAGAAGUGGCUGGCGGUGGCCGAUAUCUGUCGCUGCCUCAACAACUACAACGGCGUGCUGGAGAUCACCUCUGCUCUCAACCGCAGCGCCAUCUACAGGCUGAAGAAGACCUGGGCAAAAGUCUGCAAACAGACGAAGGCGCUCAUGGACCGGCUGCAGAAGACGGUGUCCUCAGAGGGGAGGUUCAAGAAUCUCAGAGAGACGCUGAAAAACUGUAACCCUCCAUGUGUCCCGUACCUGGGCAUGUACCUCACUGACCUGGCUUUCAUCGAGGAGGGAACACCCAACUUCACGGAGGAGGGCCUGGUUAACUUCUCCAAGAUGAGGAUGAUUUGUCAUAUCAUCCGAGAGAUUCGUCAGUUCCAGCAAGCACCUUACAGGAUAGAGCACCAACCCAAGGUGACUCAGUUCCUCCUGGAUAAGACACUAGUGAUGGAUGAAGAUACCCUGUAUGAGCUCUCACUGAAGAUCGAACCCCGAGUACCACCUGGCUAACUAUACCCUUAUCUCACACACACAUUCACAUAAAUGUGAUCAACACACAGUAUUUUCCAUUGUACAAAAUCAACCAUGAAUCAACACAACUUGAGACUCUUCCUCAGUAAAGCAGGGGUUGUUUCAUCAAACACCACCAGGUAUUGUGCUUAGGACACUCAGGAGAAAAUGUGCCUUGUUGUAUGAACAUUAAAUGUGUAUAUUUAGUGAACAGAAUGAACUGUAUAACAGACACGACUCUGCCAUACAAUCGUACAGUGAUGACUGUGGAAACAACCAUGUUAGCUUCUAUACAUGGCGCUAGAACGUAACCUGUUGCUGCUAUCACGUUGUAAACAAUCUGCCUCUGUAGUUAAAUAAACACUCUCAGAUGAGUUUUAUAUGACUGUACGAUCAGGGCCGGAUUCACCUGUCUGGGGUCACCAGGGGCCUCUUUGGGCCCCAGGUUUACUGUGUGGUGAAACCCAAAUUAAUAAAGAAAUAGUCAUCCCCGGAGCACUCUAUUCUGAAAUAACCUCACAGGCCAGCUUUCUUGGCAGUGUCAGCUGAUGUUAUGAAGAGCUUAAAACUAGAUUUUCACCCCAAGAACGUCGUCAACACGAGAUCAGGUGGUCAGGUAUUUUAAGGGCCCUAUCACAUUGGUUAAUAUUGAGCUUUAAGGCCCAGACACACCAAACCGACUUCAGAGAACUAGCAGCGAUGAAAGGUCCCUUUUGCGUCGCCUCAUGUUGCCUGUGCGUUAGUCAAAAAGUUUAAGUUUUUUUUUAGUUUAUUUACUUUAUUAAUCCCCCUGAGGGGAAAUUCAAUGUUUUCACUCUUGCUUGUCAAUUACACACAGGUCCGAAAGACACACACAUGCACAAACAGGACCUAUACAUGCACAAAGUGGAGAGAUGUCAGAGUGAGGGGGCUGCCCUUUGGUCAGGCGCCCCGAGCGGUUGGGGGGUUUGGUGCCUUGCUCAAGGGCAACUCGGCAGUGCCCAGGAGGUGAAUUGGCCCCUCUCCAGCCACCAGUCCACGCUCCAUAUUUUGGUCCGGACGGGGACUCGAACAGACGACCCUCCGGUUCCCAACCCAAGUCCCUAUGGACUGAGCUACUGCCGCCAUAGUUGCACAUAAACACACCGCCAAGACUUCAACUGAUGGCCAACAAGCUUGUACGUUCUGUGCCUGUAUGAGAGGAAACCAGAAGACCAUCUUGACGCAAGUUAGCCAGUAAGUACAUUAACAGAACAAUCCAGUGUUGAGAACAGAGCAUAUUUACCAUGCGAACAAUAACACAAACCAUCAGGAAAUGUUUUUGCUCAAGAGCUCAACGACUAAAGAAAAAUAAUCGUACCUUAUGAAAUGGUUUCAGUCUCAUUCCCUCUUGACUCAGGCUGCUUUCAGCCCUAGAGUGGUCUCCUUUGGUCUGAAUCAGGGACUCAUGUUGUUCCAAAGUUGUAUAAUUGCCUAGAGUUGGUUGGUGUUCUCACGGCAGCAUUUACAAGAGGACCAGAUCAAAUGCCUUGUGUGAGAAAGUUGCUCUUGAUUGGUCAGAAUUUCCAUGUGGGAAAAAUCCAGGAAGUAAAGCAAACGUUGAAGAAGAGUACACUUGCAAGAUAAAUGUGACACUUUCUAAUGUCACAAUGGAGGGACAACUACGCAGGUUGAUUUUAGCGCUGCUCAUCGUGGACUAUAUUGCUGUCAUUGUUCAUUUUAGUCAAACCAUACAGUUUGAAAACGAGGCGCGGCUCCAACUAGAAAACAAUGUUUUGAUGCAUUGGAUGUGCUGAAUGUGCAUAUUAAGGCAGUACAGGAGGAGGUGCACAUUAAUAAUCCUCCAGGACUGUAACAUGCUCAUGUUUAACCCAAACAAUGUGUCACUUAGGGGGCAAACCAACUUGAGUUUGAUUGAACUGAAACGAACCAAACAGGGCAGGUGUGAAAGCGCUCUUAAGCUUUUUGUUUACUUUCCUCACUUUAAUUUCUCUUCUUGUGUGCUGAGCUGAACUGCCAAUCAGAGUGAUGUGAUUCAACAACAGGCUCCACCUCUCCGAUUCAACAUGAUCCAUCAGCUGAAAAAAUCACAGACGAGGGCGGCUGAUGCUCGCCAACAGCCCAACAUCGACCGACCGUCUGCUUGGUGUGUCAGAGCCUUUAGUUUUUCAUAUCCACACAGUGAACCUGAAGCAUCGGGGCCCCUGGGCGAUUUAUGACCCUGUGGAAGUAACCGCUUUGCACGGUUGGUCGUCCAGCCUUGUGUACAAUACGUGUGCAUGAAGACACACUGGGUUUCCUGAAUAGCUGAAGUACAGUUAAAAUAUAUUAUCUACCUUAAAUCUCCUGUUUCGGGGUGGCGAUGAUGCUCACAGGAGCAUUCUUAUAUCUUCACUCAUCUGUUAACACAAACAGUUUGUGUUGUUGCAGUUGCUCUUGUAUUGCAUUUGCAUGUUAACUGCAAAAAUCUCUAGACAGAUUCCAAAUCUGACAAUAUACGAUAGUUCUCUCAAACUUAACAUUUAUUCAUCUUUGUUGACAAUCAAAAGCGUUUCCGCUUCAAAUCACGUCUCCUCAGUUUUGUAACGUUUGUCAUUUUAUACAAAUAAUCUUCUUUUUUGCUCUGAUGUUAAAAAGGUUUCUUACACGAUAAAAGCCCUACUGUUAUAUUUCUUUUACAUGUAUCACUGUUAUUAUUAUUAGCUCCUUGUCAAUGUGAUCUUUUAAUCAUAUUCAUAUUUUAAACCUUGUUGACUGUAUUAGUAAAAUAGUAAUAUCUUUGCACUAUUGAUUUGUAAAGAAUGUCAAAAGAAACUUAUUUAUAGCAUGAAUUAGCAUGAUGUCCCCUCCGUCCCUCAGACUACUGUUAUCAUUAGAGUUACUGUUACUGAGUUUUAUUAUGUUUGUUUGUUUAUUUUGACUCCUGAUGUCAGGAAUCUUUAAAUGCUUAAAUACAUUAGUAUAUGAGACCUUACUGUAUACUUUGAAAUUUCAGCUUUGCUCUUGUAUUUUUCCAGCGUUUCUCUGUGAUGUACAGAUAUUUACACACAAUAAAUGAUGUGAAUUAUCA